AGGCAGUUUUGGGUCAAAUGAGGUAUGUCGUAGCUCAUUGGUUUCAUGGAAGAUAUCCGUGCUUGGAACCAAGCGAACGGAAAAGACAGUGCAUGGAAUUGAUGCUGAAUUGUCCAGGUUCACUGCAGCGGCGGGUCCUUUGGGUCGCUGUGCUUUGGUGGCUUUGUGUGCUGGGAUACGGCUACUUCAUGUGGAUCUCCAAGGGCUGUGAGCCCUACAUGCCCUUUAUCUCAGACAUGGGCCUCAACGCCCAUGUUCCGAAGGUCUUUCUCAUGGGGACUAUGGUCGAAGGCCUCCUCAUCAGUUCAUGGCUGCUUUGGGCCACCCUGGCUCGAUCUCACAUCUUAAAGCUGCUCCGUUUGCGCUUCGUUGCACUGGAAGCUUUGUGUGUGCUCUGUGGUGCCAGUGUCGCUUUGGGCACCUUCUUCAUCGGAGUAUUCCCUUGGGAUGUUUACUCCUACCUGCACUUUGCAUGUGCGAGUGGCGUAUUUUGGGGCGGAUGUUUUUACUCCUUCUUCACCUGUUUGUUGUGCCUGGGCAUAAGCUGCGAAUAUCCAUUGAAUCUGCUGGGAACCCGAAGUCGGUGGCGCAUGAUGUACACCUGGCUAACGCCCCUCUGUGGCUUCUGCUUGUUGGCGGUGUUUCUUUGCCUCUUCGCUGCCUACGAUACAAGACCAGAGUUCUUUAGCUGGACCUGGUGGCCAGAGAUUCAGGCUUCUGCCAGAGAAGACUUCCUUGGCUAUUGCAGCGGUCGAAGCUGGCAUGGCUUACCCUGGGUGAACAGCUGUGCCUUUUGGGAGUGGGCCACCUUGAUGCUCCUCUUCGUCUCCAUGCUGGCAGGCCAAGCUGACAUCGAGCUGUACCUCGAUUUGAAAGGAGGAACCCAAGCGGAACUCCUUCCUUUCGAUCGACUGGAGGGAUCAGAGCUGCUGGCGGGGCGCUGGCGAAGCCCUUUGGGCACCUUGGGAUCAGCGCGAUGCUGGUGGCUGGCCUUGGUGCUAGGCCCUCCCAGCGUCUUCGCACUGAUGUACUUCAUUUGGGUGCACGGAUGCUCUCCUCUACCCCCACUCCUGUCACACUUUGGCCUGAACAAGCACACCAGCUGUAUCUUUUGUAGUGGUCUGCUGUUCUUCGACAGCAUCUUUGCGAUUUGGCUCUUGCAUCUUCUCACCGGACAGUGGGCCACUGCUCAGCGACGGGAUUCUGCCUUUCUGCUACUUUCUGGUUUUCAGGCUACAGGAGCCAGCUUGAUGGUGGUGGGCUUUGGGGGGAUCGGCUUUGUGAGAUGGGAUCUUCAUUUGGCACUUCACGCCCUUUGCGGACUUUGCAUUCUCAUAGGCUUUGGGCUUUGGUCCACGUGUGAACUGAUCGGGACAUUCCCAGAGCUGUUUGCGAAAGACAGGCCUCGAUGGCAUCGACCCCUCAGACUGUUGCAAUACUUGAGCUGGGGAGGGACCUGGUUCGCCCUCUUUGCUGGUGGAUCUGGGAUGAGCUUUCAAGCUGCGGUGAGGGCAGCCUCCGGCUGGGCAUGGCUGCCUGCAACCUUAAGUUUUGUCCAUGAGGACUUUGCACAAAUCUGCAGUGGAGGAAGCCCGACAUUUUCUUGGAGCCACUACUAUGCUCUGUGUCAGUGGAUGUGGAUGGGCUGCAUGCACUGCUUUGUGGCGUGCUCCAUUUGCGACUCUGAGGUCUACUUCUUGGUCAGCAAGGUGGAGGAGUCCGGUCAGCACCGCUCCCUGAGGCCUCCACUGCGCAUGGUCCUCUUGCUGGGCAUCGCUGCAGCAGGACUCUUCCGCUUGAUUUGGAACACUUGGUAGCUCUGAAAGUCUCAAUGGCUGUGGCUCAAUAGUCUUGAUCCUCCACCCAGAUUCUGGUUCGCUGACAAAGCACAAGAGCAAAGCGCAGCCAAAUCUUUAGCUUGGGCCAAGCCCGCUCAAUUGAGCUGUUGAGCGCCGCAGAAGGCGCGCCACUGGAGACUUCUCCAGGAAGAGGUUCCAAGCAGGACUUGGCUCUACCAACGAUGUGGCAUGGCUUUGUGGGUUGCAGAUGGCUAGUGCUCCAGCUGCUUGAGCUUGAACUUCUCUGAAUUUGGGUAAGUUCCCCCAAUUUUCGGUGCAGUGUAGAUCGAUGUGGGGCUGGUCCCAAAGAGGCUCCAGCUAUUUCAGAGCAGCGGCUCACGGCAAAACUGCCGUGCCAGGCUCCCAAGCAGCGACUUGUGAACAUCCCUCCGUAGAUCAGCUACGAUUGGUUUUUGCAGAUCUGUUCUCCACCCUGGCAGCCAUGUCUCCACACGGAUGACACCUCUGACUGCUCCUUCAGGAUCUCAAAGAAGCGAACCCG